AUGUCUCCCAACCUUGGCAAACGAAAAGAAAGAGAGGAGGAGGGAGCGAUUGCAAAUUAUGGUUCAACGUUAUUUGUGUCAAAUCUGCCAUAUACUGCAACUUCCAUCGAUCUGCAAACAUUAUUCUCAGACAUUGCACCAGUAAGGUCAGCUUUUGUUGUUACGGAACCAGGGACAGGCGUUUCGAAGGGUGUAGGGUAUGUGUCUUUCUCGAUCAAGGAAGACGCAGAAGGUGCAUACGAAAAAAUCUCGCGAGAAGGAAUUACUCUUGUCGGGAGGUGUCUGCGAGUUGAACGAGCCGGAAGUAAGCCCAAGAAUGACAAGCAAGGAAAAGUGAAGAAGCCAUCCAAUAUUGUUGCUCCAUCUCUACGAGCUCCUCACGAUCCCUUUGCUAUCCGUACCAUUGUCGUUUCAGGACUACCUCAAUCCGUUGAUUCCAAAACAUUAUGGAAGAAAUUUCGCAAAUGUCCUGGUGUAGAGAAGGUUGACUGGCCCGCGAAGAUGGAGGACUCUCAACAGACUGCCAAUACCAUUGCACACGUUUUAUUCGACACUGCUGCCAAUGCUCACGAUGCGGUAAAUAAGCUGCAUGCACACGUCUUCAAGGGUUCCCUCCUUUCCGCGACCCUCAAGAAACGACUUGAUACCCUUCAGAAACCGAAGGAUAUCAAACCAGGCAUGCGCGACAAAGGUGGCCCCAGUCACGCGAGCAGACUGAUUGUUCGUAAUAUACCGUUCAACACGACUGAACAAGAUCUCCGGGCUGUGUUUUUACCUUAUGGUCCCAUACACUCGAUCCAUAUUCCUACUGAGAAGAUGAAAGAUGAUCAUGUGGAUCAAGAUGCUCCCGAAUCUGGACCUUCGUCGCCAAACAAGUCUAAACCUUCCAGAACGCGUGGAUUUGCUUUUGUGUGGAUGUUGAGUAAAAAGGACGCCGAACGUGCUAUUGAAGGGUGCAACGGAUCCGUUAUGUAUUCUGGAAUGGCAAAAGGCAUAGCCGAAGGUAAACAGAAGAAAAAGAAGCAGAGGAGGAUAGAACAAAAAUUGAAGAAUGCCAAACCAGAGGGCAAUAAAGUCGAGGAAGUCAACGAGAAAACGGGCAGUGAUGCAAGGACGGUCGCCGUAGACUGGUCACUUAGCAAGGACAAAUGGGAAGAGGAAAAGUCGAAAAUGGAUGUCGAAGAGAUGGAUGGGGAUGAUCUCGAGAUGGAUGACGCAGAGGUUGGAGCCGACAACUCAGAGAGUGACGAGCCUGAUAGUGACGCUGUGGGAGUGCAUGAGGGUAGCGAGGACGGCGAUGAGUCUGAUGACUCCGACUUACGAGAGCGCGACGACGACGAUGAAGGUCCUGUCAAACCCAAAUUUCCUCCACUUGAUACUGGGACCACGUUGUUCAUCCGAAACGUACCUUUCACAGCGACGGAGGACGAUCUUAGAAAUCUUUUCCGCACUUUUGGUCCACUGAGAUAUGCAAGAAUCACGAUGGAUCCAGAGACUGGACGUCCCCGCGGAACUGGAUUUGCAUGCUUCUGGAACAAGGAAGAUGCAGAUAAGGCUAUCGAACAAAGUGAGCUAUUAAAGACAGAAGCGGUCGGUUCCUCUUCUCGUGAGCUGCCAAAAAACCCUUUUACCCUUCCUUCGAUCCUUACGCCAGAUCCGUCUUCCAGUCUGGCCCGGAGCCUCGUCCUACAUGGGCGCACAUUGGAUGUCGUUCGCGCGGUGACACGGACGGAAGCCGGGAAGUUAAGGGAAGAGGGGGAAAGGCAGCGACAGAAAGCUGACAAAAGGAAUAUGUAUCUUCUGCGUGAAGGAGUUAUUCUACCCAACACACCUCCCGCAGAAUCGCUCGCCCCUGCUGACUUGGAGCGUCGAACAGCGUCGUUCAACGCGCGAAGAAACCUACUUAAAUCCAAUCCCUCCUUAUACAUCUCGAAGACGCGGCUCAGUAUUCGUCAAAUCCCUCUAUUUGUUACAGAACAUAUGUUGAAGCGACUCGCGUUGCAUGCGGUGAAGGCCUUCAAUAUCGAAUUCAAAAACGGAGAAAGGAAAGGCCUUUCGCCGGACGAACUAGCGGAAAAUGAAGACGAGAUUAGCCAGGAUGCGACGACUGACCACAAGGGGGAAGGAAAAUCCAAAGUUCGCAAACACGCCGGAGUAAGACAGGCCAAGAUUGUUCGACAGCAGGAGCGAAUUGACCCCGUCACCGGCAAGGGUCGCAGCAGAGGUUAUGGAUUUGUGGAAAUGCACAACCACCCCGAUGCCUUACGUGUGUUACGCUGGGCAAACAACAAUCAUAAUCUGGGGACCCUUUUUGAACAAUGGUGGAAAGAGGAACUCCAAGAUCUCAUCAGACGUGAGAGGGGAAAGGGAAAGGAAGAGAAAAACGAAGAUCGUCUGAAAAGAAUGCAGGCGGAGCUCGAACUCGAACCUGGCAUGGUAAAGAAGGCCAAGGGAACCUUAAUCAUAGAGUUCUCCAUUGAGAACGUACAAGUCAUCAAAAGACGGAACGCACAACAUAAAAAGCCCGAGGCAAUUUCGAUAGCGAAAGAGGAGCUCACCCUGCCCAAACCUGAGGAUCAAUCUCCUCCACCGAAAAAACGUCGAGUCUCUGCCGGGAAGGAACACAUAAAAGACGAGCUAAAACAGCCUGGACAGAGUAUUGGCUCCCUCAUUGGCAGGAAGCGAAAGCAACGAAGGACUGGAAAGGGUCAUUGA